CUUCACACAGUCUUCUCUUCUUUGAGCUUCUUUAACUUCACAUACACACCGUCUCAACAUGGCACCCAAGAAGGCCAAGAGGAGGGCAGGAGGAGGAGAGGGAUCCUCCAAUGUGUUCUCCAUGUUCGAGCAGAGCCAGAUCCAGGAGUACAAAGAGGCCUUCACAAUCAUUGACCAGAACAGAGACGGGAUCAUCAGCAAGGACGACCUGAGAGACGUGUUGGCCUCAAUGGGUCAGCUGAAUGUGAAGAACGAGGAGCUGGAGGCCAUGAUCAAGGAGGCCAGCGGCCCCAUCAACUUCACCGUCUUCCUUACCAUGUUCGGAGAGAAGCUGAAGGGUGCUGAUCCCGAGGACGUCAUCGUGUCUGCUUUCAAGGUCCUGGACCCUGAGGGCACAGGAACCAUUAAGAAGCAGUUCCUGGAGGAGCUUCUGACCACUCAGUGCGACAGGUUCUCCGCAGAGGAGAUGAAGAACCUGUGGGCCGCCUUCCCCCCAGAUGUGGCUGGCAACGUUGACUACAAGAACAUCUGCUACGUCAUCACACACGGUGAGGAGAAGGAAGAGUAAGAACCGAAGUAAAGAAGAAGAGAUGAACGCACGUUCCUCACAACUGCUCCACCCUCCCAGCCUGUCCUUUAUCCCUCCUUUUCUUGCUUCCUUCUUUUUUGUUACUCUCGAGCACUUCGUCCCUUCCACACACUCCUCCGAAAGACUUGUCUCGUAAACACGCCGGCGCAGGAAAUCUGUGUCUGUGGCGUCUGUCCAUGGGGGGAAAAAAGGGAUUCAUUUGCAAUAAAAUCUUCUCUUACCAUCGUCCCAAUCUCUCUUUCUCUGUCACUCUUUUUCUUCAUCACCUAUUGGCUCAAGCUGUAACAGCUGAUUUGUUUACAUCAUUCAUUACAUUUCUUUUUUUUUUAUUGGGGGAGGGGAGUGAACAGAAAACAAAAUGGAGGGAUUUCCUUCUACAAUAGAAAAGUCCAGCGUCUGCCAUCUUGUUUCCCCCAUCCCCACCCCACUCAAACCAGAAAAGAACGAGAAAAGGACGGCUGGAGCGAUGAAGAGAGGGAGAGCGAGAGAAGAGAAGAGAAAGUCAAGACAGUAGAGGAGUGGAGAGAGGCGACAGAAAGAAACCAUUCCCUUCUUCUCUCCCUCUCUCCCCUCAUCUUUUUGCAAUCCCUCACUUCCCUCAUGCUUUGCUCUGUCACCAACUCCUCUGUAAGCAAUAAAAAGAGAGAAACUGUGAAUAAAGUGACCUUAUCUUUCGUA